CUGGUCCUGGGUCGUGUAGACUACUGGGCUGGAGCUGUAUUUCCAAAUCCAUCCAGAUUUAGCAGACGAGGCGAAUUGCCAAAUUCUAUCCAAGAUCGGGCUUUGGAUUAACCAUGGUUGAGUUUGGGUAGGGAGUAUAAAUUGGUGGGAGGCGAGCUUUCACAUGCCAGCUGCUGCCCAAAGCCAAAAUUCUCUCGGAGGAGUCGGAGGCGGAUGAUUUUCAACAGUUGUCGCUCCAAUUUCCUCCAUCGUCAAUUGUCUUCAAUCUCCUUCCCUUUGCAUCACGUGCUUAUUUCAUUCUGUGAUUCGGUCAUUGUUUGCCGCCCAGUGAUCUGAAAAUUAUCCGAUUUUGAUACUUGUACCAGAUUGUUGUCCUUCAGUUAUUUGGGUUCGUGGUUUUAUCAGAUUAGAUUGUUUGAAUUCUGUCUUGCAUGUUGGCGGUCGUUCCUCGGUUGUUUGGUUUUCGGGGGUUUAUUGAACAAAGAUGGGAUUGGAGUCUUCUGGGGAAUUCUUGGUUGAUAAGUGUUGGAGGGUGAGGGGCGGCAGGUGUGUAUGCUUUAAUUUAAUGGAUGAUUGUGAAGUUUUCGAUCCAUGGAGGUCUUGUGAUUGAUGAAUUUGUCAAUGUUUGGAGAUUGAUCAAUCGGGUCAUGGAUGAGGCCAGUACUAGCAAGGACGACGGGAAUCGGGCCAGAAAGGAAGCAGAAGAGCGAGAACAGUGCUCCAGUCUGUCUUGGAGUCCGACAUGGAAAGGGGCUUUCAAUCGGUAUUCUCCAUCGGUUGGAGCUCCUCAGAAAUCUAGUACUCUAGGGGCUGUCGUUAAAAGACCUCUUGUUGCUAGACUAACACGGGAUAUAGUUGAGACAUACCAAAUAUGCAACCCAGAAUUUAGGUAUUCUGAAGAUCUGAAUCCAAAACGAUACCUAACAAGUCCAUCAGUUGGAGUGCUAAAUGAUGGCUAUGACAAUGCAAACUCAGAUCUUAUCUUGACUGUGAACUUUGUCUUGGUCAAUGUAGACUCACAAAGAAGGUACAUUGUUAAAGAUGUUCUUGGCCAUGGGACCUUUGGGCAGGUUGCUAAAUGUUGGGUUCCAGACACCAACAGUUAUGUUGCUGUUAAGAUCAUAAAAAACCAACCGGCAUACUACCAGCAAGCACUAGUUGAAGUCUCCAUUCUGACCACUUUAAACAAGAAGUUUGACCCCGGAGAUAAGAGCCACAUAGUUCGGAUCCUUGAUUACUUUGUAUACCAACGUCAUCUCUGCAUUUCCUUUGAACUGCUUGGUGCAAACCUAUAUGAAGUCAUCAAGAUAAACCAGUUUAGGGGGUUGUCCCUGAACAUUGUCCAGUUAUUAUCAAAACAGAUUUUGCAUGCGUUGGUUCUAAUGAGAGAUGCUGGGGUCAUUCAUUGUGAUCUGAAGCCAGAAAACAUUCUUCUAUGUACAAGUUUGAAGCCAGCAGAAAUCAAAAUUAUUGAUUUUGGAUCCGCGUGUAUGGAGGAUCGUACAGUUUACUCGUACAUUCAGAGCCGUUACUACAGGUCUCCAGAAGUUCUUCUUGGGUAUCAAUAUACUACUGCCAUUGAUAUGUGGUCUUUUGGCUGCAUUGUUGCGGAGUUGUUCUUAGGGCUGCCUCUGUUUCCUGGAGCAUCUGAAUUUGAUCUUCUAAGGAGAAUGAUUGAAAUUCUUGGGUAUAUUCUGCUAUAUUCUGUUUGUAGAGGGCAACCUCCUGAUAAUGUACUAAAGGAGGCAAAGAACACAAAUAAGUUCUUUAAGCGUGUUGGGAGCAUUUAUCACUUUGAGAACAUUGAGACCACCAUGAGUGGUGAAAGUGCUUACCAAGCUUUGACUGAAAAGGAAUAUGAAGCUAGGGAGUUGAAGAAACCAUUAAUAGGAAAAGAGUAUUUUAAUCAUAUGAAGCUCGAGGAAAUUGUUACAAGCUACCCUUACAGAAGAAACUUGCCUCAAGAGGAGAUUUCCAAAGAUCAUUUUGCAGAAAGUCUAACUCGGUUAGCAUUGAUUGAUUUCUUGAGAGGACUUGUUGAGUUUGACCCAGCAAAACGAUGGUCACCUUUGCAGGCUUCAAGGCAUCCUUUCAUCACAGGAGAACUAUUUACAUGCUCAUAUAAACCACCACAAGAGACCCCUCGCAUGUCUGUUGCCCAGAAUGUUAACGUAGACCACCAUCCAGGUGGUGGCCAUUGGUUUGCUGCUGGUCUUUCCCCUCAGGUUACUAGUACGAACAGAGGUCCUCUACAGAGCAGCCAACAUUUUCAGGUGACCUCAUACUCUCAUGCCAGUAGUUAUGGCAGCUUAGGAAGCCAUGGUAGCUAUAAUGACAAUGCUGGAUUUGGAAGCAGCUAUGGAAGUUAUGGUGAUAAUCGUAGUAUGUAUGCAUAUUAUUCACCUGUUGGUCCAUCUAGUAUGAGCAUCCAUGCACAAGGUGGAGUGCCAAUCCUUGGAGCUAGUCCUGAUACUAGGCGAAGAACUUCUCAAAUCUCUCAUGGGAAUGGUCUUGGUGUCAGUUCAUCUGCAGGAAAUUUUGUGCCAAUGUCCCUUGGUGCUAGUCCUUCACAGUUCACUCCUCCAAGCUCCCACAUUCAGGUUUCUGCUGGUUCUCCAAAGUAUAGUCCAAGUUCUCCAGUGAGAAGCAGUGGUUUUCAUGGUUCACCAUUGAGCAAAAUGACGGCAGUGUCCCAGUUUAAUAGAAGAAGAAGUUGGGGAUAUCCUGGAAGUUCACAGUCUCAGGAGAGUGCAUCAUCUCCACACUCUCAAGGGUAUCACACUGAUGGUGCUAACUACAGUCACACUGACAGGAACUCUAGAGGACAUGGUAAUUCUCCUCAGUGUGUGCAGUCAAGUUUUAAUCCACCAAAUUGGAGACAACAAAGGGGAUGCAAUGGGGUCAACUCAGGAAAUUCCUCAACCAUUCAGAAUGUUCAAGGAUCUCUUUUGCAGAGCUCUAAUAUACCGUUCCAACCAGCCAAAGAAGCUGCUUUUGACAAGUCAGAAAACAAUAUGUCACUUCCUGAUCCUGGUGAUUGGGAUCCCAAUUAUAGUGAUGAACUUCUUUUGCAAGAGGAUGGCUCUGAUUUAAGCUCUGUAACAUCUGAGUUCAGCAAUGGAUUGCACCUUUGUCAUGCUUCAGAUUCUGCAGUUCCAAUGACUGGAGUUGGAAGAUUCAGCCACAAUCCUAACCAGGCGCAGACAAGCUCAAGCUUGUCUAUCCAAAGGACGGAGGGCUCUGCAUCCCAUCACCACAAUUCCACCAUUGUCCUAUGCAAGAAAGGAGUAUGGAAGAAUUACUUGAUGUGGAAAAUCAGUUCCCUUCCUAGUAUGAAUAAUGAAUAUCGUUUUGGCAGGGAAAUCUGUAUUUGCUGGUUCCAGUUGCAUUGUCAGCUUGUGCUAUCAAUGCAAAUCUUCUUUUGGAUCAUUGUGGUUCAUUGUGUUUUCAUAAUUAUAAUUUAUGAUUUAUAAGGCAUCCAUAUCUUGUUGGAAUUUCAGUUGUGGUUGGUGUACAUCCAAUUAAUUCUUCAAGGGCCUUAGCCACCACAGUGCCAGAUUUGUACUCAAAGUUCUAUAUUAAUUUUUUGCGUGACCUUCUUCUUUCUCAACGAAAUGCGGUGUAUCUAACAUUUUCACCAAGUCCCUGCGGCUGGACAGAAAUUUUUAUUGGUUUCAGGUUCAAUGCCAAGUGGUAAGGGCUAUGUGCCAAGUAUUGCACCAACAAAUUCAUAUUGCUUGGCUGUUGGAAGUUGUCGUGCCAAUGAAGGUUUUGGAUGCACGUUUUGUUGAAUUUUGACUGCAGAUCUCCAGGUUCCCUGGUUUAUUUUCUUCACUGGACCAGCCUACUUUGUGAUGGAGUUGGGUCUUCUAUAUCCUUUGGCUAAGCAUAGGGCUUUGAGUUUGAAAAUGAAGCUUAUUAUUGGACCGUCAAAUCAUUUCCUUCUCACUAAGCUCGAUGUAGCUCUGCUUCAAUUGCACUAUUUAUAAAAGUUAUGAUUUGUUCCAUUAGAGUAUUGAGCACCUUGAGUUUAUCACUUUUUUAGAUGUAUAUGUUUGAACGGGGGUAUGAAUGAAUUUAUAUAUGUGCAGCGGGACUUUUAUCAUCUUCUAUGGGAAUGUAGUGCGGAAGACACUGUUUGCACUUUGCAGUGCGUUUCAUUUGCACUGGUGUAAAUGUGUAAGAGUGCAAAUAGGAUGAGUGUAAACUCUGGUUACCAUGA